UGAUAAAUAAAGUGAGAGCACCAUUAUGUGAGUUUCAGUAUUAACUUUUUCUGGACUUUGAAUAAAGAUUUGAAAUGAGGAGAAUCUUUUUACUGCUGUAUCUGCUGACAGAUCUAAUAGUAAUCUCUGAAGCUAAAAUAAUAGUUCUAUCGAUGACCGAUUGGUCCUCGUGUAACAAAGAUAGUUCAAGUCCAGAUCAAAACUGCAAUGGAAUACAGACAAGAGAUAAAAAAACAAACGACACAAAAACUGGAAAAGUUUCUUCAAGUACGGAACAAAGACAAUGUUUGCUUACAAAAGAUAUAAUUGAUGGCGGUUACACAUUAUGGAGUGAAUGGGAUGAUUGCUCAAAACGUUGUAAAGGAGCAACAACUAGAUUUCGGAAGUGUUAUAACCCUACACCAUGCAAUAAGGGUAAAAAUUGUAUUGAUAAUCUUGGAGCAGAUACACUCAGAAAAAAAUGCAUCUGA